AUGAGCGACUACACGACAGCAACAGCCAUUCUUGAAGCUCUUGAGAGCGCUGGAGUUACUCAUUUAUACGUCAACAUCGGUAGUGACCAUCCGGCAUUCGUGGAAGCUAUCAGCAAGCGCCAAACGGAAGGGACACAAGGAAGCUUGCAAGUAUUUACAGCGCCCAAUGAGUUCGUGGGCCUUAGCGCAGCCCAGGGCUUCUUCCAAGCCACAGGUCGUAUGCAGGCUGUGCUAGUCCAUGUCGAUGCCGGUACUCUGGCUAUGGCUGGCGCUAUACACAAUGUUUCACGGGCUCGAAUUCCCGUGAUUAUGAUUGCAGGCACUAGCCCAGUCACGGAAGAGGGAGAAUUGACGGGUACACGAAAUGAAUUCAUUCACUAUCUUCAAGACACGAUUGAUCAGCGCGGCAUCGUCCGUGGCUACACAGUCCUAGAUCAAGAGAUCAGGACGGGGAGAAACGCCAAGCAACUUGUGCUUCGUGCGGCACAAUUCUCCAAGAGCGAUCCGCAAGGGCCUUCAUAUUUGAUAGCCUCGCGUGAAGCGUUGGAAGAGAAUAUCACACCAUAUACCGUGGAUGAGAGAAUGUGGAAGCCACUGGCACCUCGUGGUCUUGCGCCGGUGGUUGUGGAUGAGAUUGUCGCAAGUUUGAUCUCGGCAAAAUCUCCGGUUGUCGUCACUACUUAUCUUGGCCGUGAUACCGAGGCUGUAGCAGAGCUCAUCAAGCUUUGCGAGUCGCUCGGAGUAGCUGUACUGGAAGCUUUGCCCGCUUAUAUGAACUUCCCGCAUGACCACUGUCUCUAUGCUGGUAACCACUGGAGUGAAGGGCUGCCCAACGGUAUCCUGGAUAAUGCAGAUGUCGUGCUUGUCCUAGACUGCGACGUUCCGUGGAUCAAAUCUGUGUUCCGUCCUUCCAAGGAUGCAAAGGUUUACCACAUUGACUGUGACCCUCUCAAGGUCAACAUGUCUCUGUUCCACAUCGAUGUAGAACUCUCCUGCCAAGCGGACAUGACUACAGCAUUACGGCAGAUGAAUAGUGCCAUUUCUACAUCCAACUCUAUAUCCGCACAAGUGGUUCAGGCUCGGGUUGGUAACGUCACCUCCAUACAUGACACCUACAUCGAUAAAGUCAGGUCAUUGGAAGUACAGCCUGCCACGGCCAUCACUCCCCACUUUGCCUUGUCCAGGCUGCGCGAACACCUCACUCCGGAUACCAUUGUCCUGAGUGAAGCCAUUUCCAACUAUCGGCCUACAUGUGAUGCGCUCAUGCGCUCGCAGCCUGGGACGUACCUGACCUCGGGGGCCACCGCUCUUGGUUGGCACGGCGGCGCCGCCAUUGGGGUUGCUAUGGCUCACCCAAGUCGACUGGUUGUGGCUGUGACAGGUGAUGGUAGCUUCAUGUUCAGCAUUCCAUCCACGGUGCACUGGAUGGCGAGGCGGUACAAUGCGCCAUUUUUGACUGUCAUUCUGAACAACCGAGGUUGGAAGAGCCCGAUGCUGAGCGCCUUGGCGGUUCACAAGGACGGGUACUCAAGCAGGAUGGUCCAGGCAGACGAUCUACAUGUUACAUUUGACCCCAGCUGUGAUCACUCACAAGUUGCGGUGGCAGCGGGCGCUGGUUGGGGAACAGUUGUCAAGGAACCGAAUGAAGUGGAUGCAGCAAUCGCUAAAGGCAUUGAAGUUGUCCGUUCUGGCAGAGCAGCUGUUGUCGAUAUCUGGCUGCCAAAGUUCAACAUUGGCGACCGAGUUGGUUAG